AUGUUUGGUUUCAACCUCAGCUAUCAGUGGCUUUACUUUACCCGACCUUCAGGUCCUCCGUCUCCUGUUCCAGAUGGUCUCGAACGCCACUGGGUAGACACACCUCAAGGCCAAAUUGAAGUCCUAUCCAACUAUCCCUCGAUCACCGACAGAACAGAUGGCCCUCCCAUAGUAUUCUGCCAUGGCGGAAUGGGCUGUGCAUGGGUAUGGACAGAGUACAUGCAAUAUCUAGCCGCUCGUGGAGUUCCAUGCUAUGCAGUCUCGCUGCGCGGUCAUGGAGAGUCAUGGCAUCCGUCAUACUUCCGUAUGGUCUUUGCAACACCUCGAAGUGCUUUGGCGUCUGAUCUAGUUGCGGUGAUUGACUGGGUGGAGAUCCGUGAAAAGGAUGAGGUGAUGCUUGUUGGGCACUCGAGUGGUGGAGGGUUGAGCCAGGGUAUUCUCAGUGAUGGCCUGGCUAAUGUCAAAGCCCUUGCGUUGCUCGGUGCUGUCCCAGGGUUCGGAUCAAUGGGCGUAUACAUGAAUUGGUGGAAAAUGGAUCCUUGGUUCACCAUUCGAAUGAUUUUCCAUCUCUGGCACUCUAACUCACCUCUCUCACAUCCAAAACUCACCCAACGCGCCUUCUUUGGCGAUAAAUACCCUCUCUCGGCCGUUGUCGACUUCCAGCGUCAUAUGAAUCGCUACGAGGCCUACCUAUGGCCUUUCAGCAUGAUGAACUCAUUCACAUCUGCAUCGACUAUUCUGAAGCACAUCCGCAACGACGGGACAAGUAAUGAAAAGGUUCUUGUCAUGGCAGGUACUCAGGAUAAGCUGAUGACAGAGUCAGUGUCUCGAGAGACAGCUAGUUAUUAUCGUGAAGCCGGGACUGGGAAGCGUGACGGUGUGAAAUUGCUCUUUGUUGAAGGUGCUGGACAUCACUUGCAAAAUGAUGUGCAGUGGGAAGAUGGUGCUGAGAAGUUGUUUGACUUUUACAAAGGUAUUACUUGA